AUGGUCCGUAACAAAAAGAUGUCAGUACCACGGACGCAAUUAACAAACUCCCCGCGGCGAAAUACGGGACCGAUGGAUGAUUUCAUCGCAACGCCGGUGGAGCUGCGUGGCUCUCUCCCCGUCGACAAAAUGGCGCCGCCCAAUCCAGGCUUGGAGAGCAUGGGGGAUUCCCUUCCAGGAGGUGACCACACAGGAGCUCUAACCCAAAUUAGGGCAGAGCUCACACAGAUCUCCCAGCGGAUGCUAUCUAAAGCAGACAAGGACACCCUGGUGCAGGAGCUACGUGCGGCCUUCAGAGAGGAAGUGGCUGGCCUGCGCACCGACCUGAACACGCUGGAACAGAGGGUGGAGGAGGUGGAGACGGCGGUCCUCGGCUGCGAACAGCAACACAGGGCAUCUGAGAUAGCGGUGACAAGACAGGGCAAUAUGCUGAUUACCCUCUGCAGGCAAGUAGAGGACUUAGAAAAUAGAAGCAGGCGCAACAAUAUCUGCAUACACAGCCUGCCUGAAGGAGACUUUGAUUCUUUACAGGUCACGCUGGCUGAAUAA